AAGUCAAAAGUCCCUCAGGCCCAUCACCAGGUCAGCAUCAAGGUCUCUCCCAAGGACGCUGAGAUGAAAACAGCAGAAGAGCCAACCUCAAGUCUUGGGCAGACCCUGGAGUGGCUGAGAAAGGAGCUGGCUGAGAUGCAGGUCCAAGACCAGAGACUCCUGUUCACGCUGAAGCAUCUUCACAGUGUCCUGGAGGAGCUGCGUGCUGAGAGUGCCCACUGGGAGGAUGCCAGAUCCAGUGGCGGGACCUCCCCCAUCAGACCUCGAGCAGGCUCGGAAGGCAGGGGCCACCAGCCCUUUUCCUCCAGGGGCCUGGCCCAGCUCCUCCAAGGGGUAGACAGCAGACGAAGCUCCCUCCCUUAA